AUGGCUUCCACGCUUAGAUUGGGGAGCGCUGCGCUCCGUUCCGCCUCCAUUGCUCCGAGAUCCGUCGCGCAGUCCGCGAGCUUCAAUUGCCUCCGCUACUACUCCUCGGCGAAGAGCAAGUCUCUGAAAGAUACCUUUGCCGAUAAGCUUCCUGCUGAGGUUGAGAAGGUCAAGAAGUUGAGAAAGGAGUUUGGAUCAAAAGUCCUUGGAGAGGUUACGUUGGACCAGGUCUACGGAGGCGCUCGCGGCGUGAAGGCUCUCGUUUGGGAGGGAUCUGUUCUUGAUUCUGAAGAGGGCAUUCGUUUCCGAGGAUACACUAUCCCUGAAUGCCAAAAACUACUUCCUAAGGCCCCCGGAGGCGAGGAGCCUCUCCCAGAAGGUCUUUUCUGGUUACUCUUGACGGGUGAGAUCCCCACCGAGCAGCAAGUCAGAGACCUUUCAGCAGAAUGGGCGGCCAGAUCCGACGUUCCAAAGUUCGUGGAGGAGCUCCUUGACCGCUGCCCUAAUACGCUUCACCCAAUGGCCCAAUUUUCCCUCGCAGUCUCGGCCCUUGAACAUGAGUCCUCAUUCGCAAAGGCUUACGCAAAGGGCAUCAACAAGAAGGAAUACUGGCAGUAUACUUUUGAGGACUCUAUGGACUUGAUUGCCAAAUUGCCCACAAUUGCGUCCAAGAUCUACCGUAAUGUCUUCAAGGAUGGCAAAGUCGCCCCAAUCCAAAAGGACAAAGAUUACGGCUUCAACUUGGCAAACCAGCUUGGUUAUGGCGAAAACAAGGACUUUGUUGAGCUCAUGCGUCUUUACCUGACCAUUCACUCGGACCACGAAGGUGGCAACGUCAGCGCUCAUACUACUCACCUUGUCGGCAGUGCUCUCAGCUCCCCAAUGCUCUCUCUUGCUGCUGGUCUUAACGGCCUUGCCGGCCCUCUCCACGGACUGGCCAACCAGGAAGUGCUUGUCUGGCUCCAGAAAAUGAAGAAGGCGAUUGGUAAUGAUCUCAGCGACCAGGCCAUCAAGGACUACCUCUGGUCUACCUUGAACAAUGGCCAGGUUGUUCCAGGAUAUGGCCACGCUGUGCUCCGCAAGACCGAUCCCCGCUACGUGUCUCAGCGCGAAUUUGCUCUCCGCAAAUUGCCAGAUGACCCAAUGUUCAAGCUUGUCAGCCAGGUUUACAAGAUUGCUCCAGGCGUUCUUACCGAGCAUGGCAAGACUAAGAACCCAUAUCCUAACGUCGAUGCUCACUCUGGUGUCCUGCUGCAAUACUAUGGCUUGACCGAAGCUAGCUACUACACUGUCCUCUUUGGUGUAUCUCGCGCCCUUGGUGUCCUGCCACAGCUCAUCAUCGAUCGCGCUCUUGGAGCUCCCAUUGAGCGACCCAAGUCUUUCAGCACCGAAGCUUAUGCUAAGCUUGUUGGUGCUAAGUUCUAA